CUAAAGGUUUGCCUGGGGGAGAUGGCGCGGGAUGAGUUCCACGUGGUGGAGAUCGUACCGGCCGAGGAGGGGGAUGCUCGUGCCCCGGUGCCCCUCGCCACGCUGAAACCAUCGGUGCUGCCCAUGGCCACCUUGGUGGGAGUGGAGCUGACACCUCCGGUCACCUUCCGCCUGAGAGCCGGCUCCGGUCCCCUCUACAUCAGCGGGCAGCACGUCUCCAUGAUGCCCAACCUCUCCUGGGAUGAAGAGGAGGAGGAAGAGGAAGAGGGGGAUGCUGAGGAAGAGGAACCAGGAGAGGAGUCCCCCGAGAAGCCCCCCAAGGGUCAAGCUGCUAAGAAGGGGAGCGCUGCCAAGAAGAGGAGGCUGGAGAAGGAGGAUGAGCUGAACAACGUCUCCCCCGAGGAUCCCCUUCCCAACAAG